UCUAUGCAUUCACAGAGUAACUCCAAAUACUAUGAUGAUGAUGGUCGUCUCAAACGAACUGGAACUGUUUGGACUGCAAGUUCGCACAUAAUAACUGCAGUGGUAGGAUCCGGGGUGCUGUCAUUGGCUUGGGGCAUGGCUCAGCUAGGGUGGAUUGCUGGUCCUACUGUCAUGCUCUUGUUCUCUUUGGUUACCUUCUACACUUCAUCAUUGCUGCUUCAAUGUUAUCGUUCUGAACACCCCAUUUCUGGCAAGAGAAACUACACUUAUAUGGACGCAGUUCGCUCCAUUCUUGGAGGAGCCAAUGUUAGGUUGUGUGGGAUACUUCAGUACCUGGAUAUACUGGGAAUUGUAAUUGGAUACACAAUUGCAGCUUCUAUUAGCAUGAUGGCCAUUAGAAGGUCUAACUGUUUCCAUGAAUCUGGGGGCAAAAACCCAUGUCACAUGAACAGCAACCUAUACAUGAUAAUUUUUGGUGCAACCCAGAUUGUCCUUUCUCAAAUUCCCGAUUUUGACCAAAUAUGGUGGCUCUCAACAGUUGCUGCAAUAAUGUCUUUCACCUAUUCCACAAUUGGUCUCUCUCUUGGAAUUGCCAAAGUUGCAGAAGCGGGUACCUUCAAGGGUAGCUUAACUGGAAUAACCACUGGAUCCGUGUCACUGUCCCAGAAAAUUUGGAGGACUUCCCAAGCUCUCGGUGACAUAGCCUUUGCCUAUUCAUAUGCUGUGGUUCUCGUAGAAAUUCAGGACACCAUAAAAUCUCCACCUUCUGAAGCAAAAACCAUGAAGAAGGCCACGUUGAUAAGUGUUACAGUGAUGACAACAUUUUACAUGCUGUGUGGGUCCACGGGGUAUGCUGCUUUUGGAGAUACCACACCUGGGAAUCUGCUAACUGGUUUUGGUUUCUAUAACCCAUAUUGGGUGGUAGACAUAGCAAAUGCUGCCAUAGUAAUUCACCUUGUGGGAGCAUACCAAGUGUUUUCCCAACCCAUCUUUGCCUUUGUGGAGAAAGGAGUGACACAAAAAUGCCCCAACCUUGAAAGGGAGUUAAAGAUUCCAAUUCCUGGUUUCCCCCCAUACAAACUAAAAAUGUUUAGAUUAGUUUGGAGGACUUUGUAUGUUCUUUUUACAACUCUCGUAUCCAUGUUGAUUCCAUUCUUCAAUGACGUCCUGGGAGUGAUUGGGGCAUUGGGAUUUUGGCCCCUCAAUGUGUACUUUCCAGUGGAGAUGUAUAUCUCACAGAAGAAGAUCCCCAAAUGGAGUAACAGAUGGAUUAGCCUCAAAAUAUUUACUGCGGCCUGCCUUUUGGUUUCAGUUGUUGCUUUUGUUGGCUCAGUGGCAGGUGUCUUACUUGACCUUAAGAAAUAUAAACCAUUCCACGCAAACUAUUAAUCUUCAUCUGUCGCCACCUUGUGGAUGUAAGAAACUGAAGUGGCAUGGUAGCAAUUAUAAUGCUUAGAGUUUUUUUUGCUUUCUAAUUUAAUUUACC